AUGAUUCUUAUUUUCGGAACUUUACGUGCGGUACCUUUACAACCUCUUCAGCCACCAGAACCAACUUUUCCUUCAAAACUUAUACUCGAGCUUCGAGGAAGUCGUUUUGAAAUUGAUCGUGAGAUGUUGAUGAGUUUGCCUGAAAGCAUUCUUAUUGUUAUGUUUCCUAAUGGCCUUAUAUUAGGUAGAGGUGGUGCUAUUGAUUACGAAGAAGAACAAGACGACCAAGCUUCGACAGAUUCUAUGGAACUCGAAGACCAAGUAAUUUAUGUGGAUUUUGAUCCUUCUUGUUUAGAAUACAUCCUGAAUUUUUAUAAAGCAGCACAGGAUGUUAACCAAGGAAGUUCUUCAAAUUUUCCACAUAGUCCUACACAAAAUCCUCUUACAAAUAAACAAGCGAUUAUUGUUUUGAGGGAAGAAUUGGAUUAUUUUACUAUACCUCCAAAAUUUAAUAAAAAAGAUAAUUUGGCAAAUUCAUCAUCACCACCUGUUGGUAAUACUAGUGAAGCUCUUGAAAUGACUGAAGUUGAACCUGCAAUUAAUAUUUAUGAAUUGAAAACAGAAUGCGGUACAAUACUCCUUGAUCAAAGAAAAAUAUUUACUGCUUUGCAACGUAAUGUUAAUAAAGAAAACAACGUAGCUGAACAACAUUUGAUAGAUAUGUUGUGUGUGUCAGGUUUUUCAAGAGAUGAUGAAUGGGGGUAUCGUAAUAUCGAACCGCGUAAGACUAGCAUUGUAAGUAUCGCGCUUGUCAUGUUAAAAACAACUGGACAAAGUAAUCAAAUGGCGACAGCACAAAAAUUGUUACUAUUUUGGAGGAAACCGGCGAGAAAAUGCUGGUGGGAUGGUUUAGAAGUUACAAUUGGUGGGGAUAAAGCCAUACCAGUUCGAUUGUGGUGCAGGCGCACGUGGACUUUGGAAUUGGCUUUGGUAUAA